CAGGCAUAUAAAGACUUAUACAAUCCUAGUGAUCCAGAUAAUCCAAAUUCUGAAACAUUUCUUUUAUUAAUUAUAAAGUAUGAUUUUGUAUCUGAUGAAGAAUGUUCUGCAAGUUCUUCUGCAAGUUUUUCCGCAAUAUCAGAAGUAGCGAUUCAAGAAAACUAUAAUAAAUUAUCUAGUGAUAACGAUAAUGAAAAUGAUCGUA